GGGAGGGAACGCCCUGGCUCGUAGAUCAUGUUUGCUUGGAGAGGCCCGGGGGCUACAGGAGCCCUGCGUGGGAGAGGCAAGGAGGAGCAUCCCAGUUUGACGACAGUAAUUUGCACUUUGAACAUGCUUCGUUUUUGUGUUGUGAGGCGGGAAUUUGCAGUGUGGUGCCAGGCCCCAGGCACGGAAGAGGGGGAGAACCAGGCCAGCGGACGUGUGAGCGGAGCUCCAGGCUGGAAUGCACCAGCUCAGCAAGGGAUUGUCCUCGCCAGGCCAGGCGGCUGCUGCUGCGCCCGGAGCCUGGUGGCCGUGACAGCUGCCUGGACCAUGGCGGCCGCAGAGAGCCCCUCCGCUGCCCUCCGGCGCCGCGACCUCUGCAGCCGCGGCAUCCGCCUGGCCGGCAAGAUGCGCGCGGAUGUCGUCGACCUCCUGGACGCCUACGUGGAGCAGCAGGGCUUGGACGCCUCAGCCAGUGUGGCGGCAGUGGAGGGGGUGCCGCUGGCGGCGGUGGAGCGCUGGGACGAGCAGACGGGCACGCAGCGGCUGCUGGAGAACCUGGCGGCCUACCGGGCCUUCCGUGCCCUGCUGGCCCAGAUGCUGGAGGAGCAGCGGGAGCAGCUGGGCGAGGCCGACGCGGGCCUGGGCCGAGCACUGGCGGCUGUCCUGCUCCAGGUCUCGGCCUUUGCCUACCACCUCGAGGAGCUGCUGCGGCUGGAGAGCCGCGGGAUCCCGGGCGAGGAGGGGGAUGAGGAGGAGGAGGACGGGCCGCCACCCCCGCCGCGCCUCAGCCUCUUUGAGCAGAAGCUGCGGGGCCUGGGCGUGCUGCGGGAGCUGGCCCAGUGGGCCGUGAGGUCCGUGCGGGACCUGCGGCAGCUCGCCAAGCCCAGCCUGGCCACUGGCGCAGCCCCCAGCCUGGCUGAGAGCCCCUGAAGGCGAGCACAGGGUGGGGGGUCUUGGGUGCCCCUGGGGCUCCUUGCCCACCCUCUCAGAGGGCAGCUGAGAGCGAAGGAGGGGACGUGGAGGGGAGGGACUGUGCCGUUAAUCCCCAUGCUUUUAAUGCUG